AUGGUGAGUCAUCUCCUGCGAGGGGUUGGCCUUCUUUUCUGCAAUCGUAUCAUAAAGAUAAUUGAUGCCUUGGAGUGGGAGACCUUUGAAUUCUUCGGGAAGCCACGGACGUUCGUUGACGUUGAACAUAUGAUCUUACGAAUGGAAUACAUCAACAACAAGAUGAUGAACAAACGAGGGAAUUUUUUGAAGUGUCUUCUAUUCCUCUGUCUAGCUCUGACCUCCAGGACUUCCGGAGUUGUCAUAAGAUCCCCGAAUGUCACCUCACAAGUCACCAUCAAAGAGAACAAAAGCGCUACCUUGCAAACCAUUUCCGCAACGUCCAAUGAUGGACAGCCCAAGGUGGCGUAUUCGAAAUUAGUGUGGACCACGGAAGAUGAAAAGUGGUUGAAGCAGUUCCAACGACCAUCGACAACGGGUAUCUUCGGAUCAAUAUUUAAUGAUAAAAAUUGUGCCGCCUGCAAUUUUGCUGUAUAUUUUGUACAUGAGAUAACCGGCACGGUCGGUUCCUUGAGCGAGAACGUAGCCAGAACUCUUGUCAGAGAAUCAGUUUAUGAAGGAUGCAAGUCACAACUCCCCGCAGAGGUUUGUCGAGGAAUCGUCGAGGAAUUCCUAGAUCAGGUCUACUACAUCAUGAAGAACACGGACAUGGGAGCGGAGACAAUUUGCAGUUUUGUGAUGAGUGGAGCAUGCGAAUAUGUUUCCAAGCCUUCUCUGGAGUGGCAGGUGACUUUCCCACUUAUUCCAAAGCCCCCGGUUGCUGUUACAAUUCCACCGAGGAUGGGAGCAAAGAGACUAAAAGUCCUGCAGCUCUCGGACAUUCAUUACGAUCCAUAUUAUGAGGAGGGAUCCAAUGCCGAAUGCGGCAAUCCACUCUGCUGUCGAUCAAUCAACGGAAAACCAACGAAUCCCAAAGAUGCUGCAGGAAAAUGGGGUGAUUACCGGGGAUGUGACACCCCCAAGCGAACAAUUGAUAAUAUGUUUAAACACAUACAGACUAUUCACACUGACAUUGAUUACAUUCUCUGGACGGGCGAUCUACCCCCUCACGAUGUUUGGAAUCAGACCCGCGAAGGAAACUUGCAAAUUCUUCGAAAUAUAAUGGAAGACAUGAAAAAUUCAUUUCCAAAUGUGAAGAUUUUCCCAGCCCUGGGUAAUCAUGAGAGCGCUCCAGUGAACAGUUUUCCGACGCAAUCAGCUCCAUCGCAGUUCCGGAUCUCCUGGCUGUACGAUGAACUGGAUAAGCAAUGGCAACAAUGGCUACCAACAACUACCUCCAGUACUGUUAAACGUGGUGCUUUCUACUCGGUUCUCGUCGAACCUGGUUUUCGAAUAAUUUCUGUCAACACGAAUUACUGCAAUGAUAAGAAUUUUUGGCUUUUGAUGAACAGUACUGAUCCCGUUAGUGAACUCCAGUGGCUGAUUGAUGAGCUGCAGGGAGCGGAAAACAGAAGCGAGAAGGUGCACAUUAUUGGUCACAUACCUCCAGGGAGUGCUGAAUGCCUGAAGGUCUGGUCUGCUAAUUAUUACAGGAUCAUUAAUAGAUAUGAAUCAACAAUAACUGCACAAUUCUUCGGUCACACCCACUUCGAUGAAUUUGAAUUGUUCUACGAUACUGAGAAUCUUACUCGUCCACUGAGUGUAGCAUAUGUCGCUCCAUCUGUAACGCCAUAUGAUCAUCUGAAUCCUGGAUACAGGAUAUAUUACAUCGAUGGUGAGGGAUCGUCGACGAGGCAUGUCAUUGAUCAUGAGACCUGGGUGAUGAAUCUCCAGGAGGCCAAUGUGAGGGGAUUCCCCACAUGGAGAAAAUUGUACAGCGCCCAGAGGGCUUAUGGAAUGCAGUCACUUCUGCCUAGAGAUUGGGAUGCGUUGUUUCAUGAGAUGAUAAAUGAUACGACAAUUUUCAAUCGUUACUACAAAUUUUAUCACAAGAAUUCAGCCAGUCGUCCACCGUGCGACGAAUCCUGUCGAAAGCAGCUCCUGUGUGAUAUACGAAGUGGCCGCAGUCGUGACAGAGAAUUCCUCUGCCAGAAGAUAGAUAACAAUUUGUUUGAUACGAAGUCCUAUGCAAAGUUCGACGUAGAUGUGAUAGACUCGAAUGACAUUCCCUAUUACAAGUAGUUAUUGAAAAUUAUUUAGUUUAUUAGUAGAAUUUUUUCAUCCGGAUUGAAUAGAUCUGGAACAAGUACGAAGACCAUGACAUCGAUCGAUGAAGACUAUGCCUUUAAUCGAUUUUCUGAUAGAUGAGGACGACUGAAGACUCCUCGUUGUCUGUCGAAUUGUUGAUGAAGAACGACAGUUGUGAAUAUAAGAUUUUACUGGCGAAACGGUCAAACAAUUCACUUGAAAUAUGUCAAGGCUUGACAAAUCAUGACAAAAUAUUCAUUAAAAGCCGGCCAAUCCUAGAAAUCCAUUUGAACAGUUUUACCGAUUCGCCAUUGAUUUUAUAUUUAAGAUCUUCAUGAUAAUUUUUUUAUUUUUGCAUGUGUUUUGGAAAUGAUCUCCCAAUAAUGCCAAUUUAAAUAAACAAUAGAAUACAAGGUA